AUGGAUGCUGAUAUCGAAGGCGUCGGCGCCAACAAGUCUUUCAAUGACAUCCAGGAACAUCACCACGCAGCAGACCCUCCAAAGCCAUUAGCAACUGACAAUCUCGCCGACGUUGUUGCGCCGCAUUCCUCGUAUGAAGGAUUCCAUCGCUUCGACCCUACCGCGUCAUGGAGUGUCCAGGAAGAGAGAGCGGUGGUUUGGAAAACGGAUAUUUUCUUUCUCGGUUGGGUUUGCAUUAUGUUUCUUGGACUGCAACUCGACCGCGGCAAUCUUUCGAAUGCCUUGACGGAUGAUUUUCUUGCAGAUUUGAAAAUGACUACCAACGACUACAACAAUGGAACAACGAUCCAGUUAAUCUGCUUCCUAGCCACAGAAUUCCCCGUCCAACUCAUCAUCAAGCGCUACGGUUUCCGCAUAGUACUCCCCGCGAUGAUGAUUGCCUGGAGCAUGGUCUCCUGGUCCCAGGCUUUUAUGACCAGUCGAGCAUCCUUUUAUGUGACACGGGCACUUCUGGGAGCGUUUGAAGGAGGGUUUAUUCCAGGCACGAUCCUGUUUGCGACGUAUUUUUACAAGGCGCGCGAAUUGUCUGUGCGACUGGCCUUUUUUUGGUCCACGCUUAAUGUUGCUCGAGCCAUCUCCUCGCUGCUGGCGGCAGGUAUUCUGCAGAUGCGCGGCGUACAUGGCAGGCCGGGAUGGUUUUAUCUGUUUUUGAUAGAGGGGUUUCUUACUCUUGGGAUAGGUAUUAUUAGUUUACUCUACUUGCCCCGUUCGCCGACGAGUACUAAAAGCAUUCUGUAUCCCAGAUCCUGGUACUCUGAACGCCAGGAAAUAAUCAUGAUCAAUCGCCUCCUCCGUGACGAUCCAUCCAAGGGACUGACAGAAAUCAGCUCACCAGCCACUCUCCAAGACAUCAAAGACGCAUUAAGCGACACAUCCAUGUGGGGAUUAUACCUAAUCGGUUUAAUAUCCUACAUCCCCCAAAACCCUGUACAGGCAUACCUCUCCCUAACCCUAAAACGAAUCGGAUUCUCCACUUUCGACUCCAACAUGCUCUCAAUCCCAUCCGCCGUACUACAAAUCAUUCUAAUGCUUCUCCUGGCUCGCAGCAGCGAGUGGUUCAACGAACGCACUUGGCAUUGUUGGUUUGGUGAGUUUUGGUCGCUGCCUUUACUUGCAGCUCUUCUGGCGCUGCCGGCGUCGGGUUAUGAUUGGGGACGUUUCGCUAUUACGACGAUGAUCUCGGGGUACCCGUAUUUUCAUCCCAUCGUGGCGGCGUGGAUCUCGGAGAAUACGUUUGAUGUCAAGAAGAGGGCGAUCACGGCAGCGACGUAUAAUGUGAUUGUGCAGAUUGGGUCGGUUAUUUCGUCUCAAAUAUACCGUUCGACAGACGCCCCUUAUUACUACAUGGGCAACAAGGUUUUGAUCUCCAUCUGCGUCCUCUCGCUCGUCGUGUUUGUGGCGCAGAGGGAGUAUCUGCGUUAUCUCAAUAGGCAGAAAGAGAAGAAGUGGGUGGGCAUGUCUGAUGGGGAAAAGGCGCUGUAUCAGGCAGAUCAGGCAGCGCGAGAGCUGGAGGGGAAUAAGCGGUUGGAUUUUCGGUUUAAAUAUUGA